UGUAUAUUAUUUUAAAAAUGUUUUGCACUUGUUCCGAACUGAGGGAAGACCGCUGGGCGGCGCUACAGAAUCCGUUCACCCACCGAAAACAGACGAAGAAGAAACGUCGCCGCAGUGACAGAGGUGUCUGACAGGGAUCAGACCGUCAUAUCCUAUCAUGAGUGUCCCGUGUUUGGUAAGAACGGUGGCCAGAAGUUUCGCCGGUGGAUCAGGACUGUUCAGACCAGCUGUUUGUUGUUCAUGUAAAGACACAUUCACACGAAAAAUGUCAUCAAGGAGACGGACUGACCAUCUAGAGAGAACUGCUAGCGUUCACAGACAAAUGGAGCUUUUCUCUGCACGUGUUAGUGACAUUAUGAAUGAAUCUGAUACAGUGAAGAAACUGAGACUGGAGGUACCACAUCCUGACUUCAGCUUCCGUGCUGGACAGUGGGUGGAUUUCUUCAUCCCAGGUGUGGAUACAGUGGGCGGCUUCUCUAUCUGCUCGAGUCCUGGUCUGCUGCAGAGAGAGGGAGUGAUUGAACUGGCUGUCAAAUACGCACGUCAUCCUCCAGCACACUGGAUUCACACCAAAUGCUCUGUGGACUCUCAGGUAGCUGUAAGGGUGGGAGGUAACUUCUACUUUGACCCUCAACCUUCUGAUCCUGUGGUGGACCUGUUGCUGAUAGCUGGUGGUGUUGGCAUCAACCCUCUGUACUCCAUCCUGCUGCAUGCAGCUGACCUGCACAGACAGACUCAUGGUCACAGGUACAUUCCAGGGCGCACACACCUGUGCUACAGCGCCAAGAACACCAAAGAGCUGCUCUUCAAGAACACCAUUAUUGACAUUUGUCACGAGCGACCAGAUAAAUUCUCCUGCGAUUUCCAUGUUACCCAGCAGAGCGCUGACAUAGAGCAGGAACUUCAGCCUUACACCAUAAAUGGAAGGCUAUCAGAAAAGGAACUUGAGCGCUAUGUAGAUCCUGAGCAUACAUUGUGUUAUCUCUGUGGCCCUCCUCCUAUGACAGAGAAAGUGAGUUCAGACCUGAAGGGAGCCGGCCUGUCGGAGGACAAAAUCAUUUUUGAGAAAUGGUGGUAGCUCAGAUAUUCACAGCGAUGGAUGCAUCUAUAUCAUCAUAGAAACAGACUGUAAUGGCAAUGGACCAGUAAUGCCUUUGAGAUCAGUUGAAACGCACAGCAGACACUGUGUCUGCAUACUCCACAUUUAAACAGACAAUUAUCCAGACUCUAUGCCCUGUUUUUGUUAUACCUCAUUUUAAAGAUACUCAACCAAUUGACCGUAACCAGCACUGUAAUGCUCUACACAUUAUAGUUCAUUUGCUGGUUAACGGCAUAGGCAUCCUGCUUCAAGGGCAUGCUGAAAGAUUGUAUACUCAGAUUGCACUGGGUUUUUAGAGAUCUGAUGUUGUUUGCAUUUUAGAACAGAUAUUUAUUCAUUAAAAAUGCAAGGGGCAUAGAAAUCAAAAGAGAUAGUUCACCCAAAAUUCUGUCAUUAAUUACUCAUCCUCAUGUCGUUCCAAACCCAUAAGACCUUUGUUCAUCUUCGGAAGACAAAUUAAGAUAUUUGGAUGAAAUCCAAGAGCUUUCUGACCCUCCACUGACAGUCAGGGAACUACCACUUUCAAGGUCCAGAAACGUGACAAAAUCAGAAAAUUCUCAUAUUUCAUUAAAAAAUAUCUUAACUUUUGUUCUGAAGAUGAACGAAGGUCUUGCGGGUUUGGAACGACAUGAGGGUCAGUAAUUAAUGACAGAAUUCUCAUUUUUUGGGUGAACUAUCCCUUUAAUUUCUACACCCAUCUUUACUCAUCAAAAUAGUUCUACUUUGCUGAAAGGUGCUAAACAUUGUCCCCUUUAAAGGGAUGUUCCACACAAAAAAAAAGAACUCUGAAAACAAAACUGAGAUUUUUUUGAAAAAUAAUCCAUCUCUGUGAGUCCAUAUGAUGCAAGUGGUUUGAACCCUCAAAGGUGAUGCUUCAGAAACCACACCAGGUGAUCAUGACGGUACUCAUAUUAUCCCAUUGGAUGAAUCUUCUGAAGAAAAAUGAUCGGUGUGUGUGAGAAAAAUACAAAUAUUUUAACUUUUUAAACUAUAAAACAGUUUCUGGUCAACUGAGGGUUCAAUCCACUUGCAUAUUAUGGACUAAGAUUUUAUUUAUUUAUUUAUUUUUUAUCUGUUUUUGUUCCACAGAUGAAGGAAAGUUUUAUACGUAAAGGAUGGCAUGAGGGUGAGAAACUAAGAAUUAAAAUUUUUAGGUGGAGUAUCCCUUUAAGGCAAGUCAGUUCACUUGGCGGCCAUAUUUGUAACAUCCCAUGGGCAGCUAUUUCCAGCUUUGCAAGCACAGCUCCAAUCUACCUAAAUUAUACAUAAAAAAGAAAUACGCUUUGCUGAAACUCUUUCAAUCACAUUGUACAAAUAUGGAAAUAUAGUGUGUCAUAUAUUGAGCAUUUUAACAUAGCAUUUUAAUUAUUUUUAGCCUGGUCCAGCCAAGUCAUUGGCAUUUUUGACUGUAAAGCAUUAUUACAACUGUCAUUGUAAACUUUUCCAAUUAAAAUUAAGCUCAAUUAAAAUAUAAUUACCUCCCACGUCAUGGGAAGGAUGGUUCUUCAAAACUGUAUUGAUGAACAAGAUCUUUACCUCCAAUAGUGCUGAAAUGUUUUGUAAAGUCAUUUUGAAAACGACACUGAAAACAGAAAAAAACUGCAAGCUGUUGCUGCAAAUAAGCCCAUUACUGAAAGCUUUUAUUUACACCAUUAACUGUCUCACAGACGUUCACUAUAACUGUUACUUUACAAAUUUAGACAUUACAUUUAGUUACUGCCAUCCUCACUGAUAUAAAUAAAUGAAAUAACUGAUGUUAUACUCACUGAUGAAAUAAAUGAGCAUCUUGUGGUUUGUAUGCAUUUGAGCUAGUGCACGAUAUAUUGCAUAUGCUAAUACUGUAUGUAAUAAAAUGAGUUAACAUCACAGAUUCACACAGGUACAAGUCUCAACACAUUGGUCAGCGUUUAGUAUAUUCAGAGCUCCGAACAGAUGUUUGUUACAAUCUCUUGCCAUUUGUUACAGCAAUGCACCUUAAACCCAAAUAAUUAAGAGCGGCAAGAUUCUCUGUCAGCAGAUGUAUAUGCCCAGACACGGGCCUGACCAGAGUGUU